AUGGACGAUAUGGGUGAUAAAGCAGACAAAAAGAAAUGCCAGACUUUGCUCCCUCGGGAAGCUCAGAUUUUAAAAAUGAAUUCUUCCUCUGUUGAGGCUCCUUUGGAGGGGUGUCAGCCAGUGCUUGGAAACUGGAAUGAAUUUAUCUCCAUAUUGAUCUUGCCUGUCCCUGGUUUACUGUCUAGCUCGUUCUUGGAAUCGGAUUUCAUUUCCAGAACUCCUGUUGCCCUAGACUUUGAGCAAGACAUGGCCACUGCUGCAUCCUCUUCCUCCCUGGAGAAGAUCUAUGAGCUGCCUGAUGACCAGGUCAUGACUAUUGGCAAUGAGUGGUUUUGAUGCCCCAAGGUUCUUUUCCAGCUUUCCUUCCUGGGUAUGGAAUCCUGUGGCAUCCAUGAAACUACAUUCAAUUCCAUCAUGAAGUGUGACAUUGACAGCCGUAAAGACCUUUAUGGCAACACAGUGCUGUCUGGUGGUACCACCACGUACCCGGGCAUUGCUGACAGGAUGCAGAAGGAGAUUACUGCCCUGGCUCCUAGCACCGUGAAGAUCAAGAUCAUUGUUCCUCCUGGGCGCAGGUUCUCUGGGUGGAUCACUGGCUCCAUCCUGGCCUCACUGUCCACCUUCCAGCAGAUGUGGAUCAGCAAGCAGGAGUACGAUGAGUCUGGUCCCUCCAUCAUGCACCGCAAAUGCUUCUAG